CGAUACGAAUAAAAAAAACUGAGAUUAACUCAUUUGAAGAAAAAAGAUCGAAACUUAUAUCUUAAAAGGAACCCGUCCGAGCCACGAUUCUAUAAACUCUUUGAGCUCACGCCUUUGUCACCAUGACUGGAGUUGGAGGAUACAAACUUGGAUCACUAGUGAUCGAGGGAAAGACAAAACAGGUCUACAAUGUUGUAGGCCAGCCAAAUGAAGUUCUUUUGGUGAGCAAAGAUCGCAUCACCGCUGGGGACGGUGUCAAGUCACACGAACUCAAGGGGAAAGCCGCAAUCUCGACAAAAACCAAUGCAAAGGUUUUUGAACUUCUCAAUUCUGCUGGUAUAAAAACUUCAUAUAUUAAAAAUGUCAGCGACAAUGCAUUCCUGGCGAAAAAGUGUGAAAUGGUUCCAAUUGAAUGGGUUACCAGGAGACUGGCGACUGGUUCCUUCCUUAAGAGGAAUGAGGGAGUUCCAGAAGGGUACAGAUUUUGUCCGCCCUUAAGUGAAACAUUUUUCAAAGACGACGCGAAUCACGACCCUCAAUGGUCAGACCAGCAAAUCGUCUCGGCUAAAUUCAAACUCAAUGGCGUAACAGUCACUCGCCAUGAAGUCGAUGUGAUGAAACGUACGUCAGUCGCUGUUUUUGAAAUAUUGGAAAAAGCCUGGGCGAGUAGGAACUGCGCGCUGAUUGACAUGAAAAUUGAGUUUGGUGUCGACUGUGAAGGUGAAGUCCUUGUUUCUGACAUCAUCGACUCAGAUUCAUGGCGAUUGUGGCCGUCUGGUGACAAAAGAUUGAUGAAGGACAAACAAGUCUACCGAAAUUUGAGCAAAGUGACAGAAACUGAUUUGGAAAUAAAGAACAAUUUCGAAUGGACUGCUGACCAGUUGGAAUUCUUCAUCCAACCUACUACUGCUCUGGUUGUAGUCUUGAUGGGUUCUGCUUCGGACAAAGACCAUUGCCUCAAAAUCCAAAGAUGCUGUGAAUUGAUGGGCCUCCUUCAUGUCACCUCCGCUCAUAAAGGCACAGAAGAGACAUUGAAAAUUCUAGCUGAGUAUGAAGGCAUGGGAAGGGACAUUGUCUUUGUUGCAGUCGCUGGCAGGAGCAACGGUCUCGGUCCUGUUCUAUCAGGAAACACUACUUUCCCCGUUAUCAACUGUCCUCCUGUUAAUCCUACAAAUGUCACUCAAGAUCUUUGGUCUUCAGUAAAUGUUCCUUCAGGUCUCGGGUGUACGACAGUGCUCUACCCAGAAGCAGCAGCUCUUGCGGCCGCGCAAGUCCAUGCUCUCCACGAUCAUGUGCUUUGGGCCAAGCUUAGAGCCAAAUCACUCAAUACUUAUGUUAAUCUCAUGAAAGAAGACAAGAAAUUAAAUCCCAAAGCAUAGAACUAAAAUUUUUCUCUUUGAAUUUGUAUCCAUAUUAAAAAUACUGUUUAUUUUUU